CCCCCAUCCCCGCGGCCCAGCACGCACCGGGCGUCGCACAGGUGGGCGGGUUUUAGUGGCGCGUCCCGAGGUCGGCGGGAGUCUGUGCUCGCUCCCUUGGUGGUGGCCCACGCGGCUCGCACGCUGUGCGGGGCAACAUGGCGGACGCGGCAGUAUUUAUUUUGCCAAAGAAACAUAAGAAGAAAAAGGAGCGGAAGUCGUUACCAGAAGAAGAUGUAGCAGAGAUACAGCACGCUGAAGAAUUUCUUAUCAAACCUGAGUCCAAGGUGGCUCAGUUGGACACAUCUCAGUGGCCCCUGUUGCUCAAGAACUUUGAUAAGCUAAAUGUAAGGACAGCACACUAUACACCUCUUCCCUGUGGUUCAAAUCCUCUCAAGAGGGAGAUUGGGGACUAUAUCAGGACAGGUUUCAUUAAUCUUGACAAGCCUUCCAACCCCUCUUCCCAUGAGGUGGUAGCCUGGAUCCGACGGAUACUUCGGGUGGAAAAGACGGGACACAGUGGUACUCUGGACCCCAAGGUGACUGGCUGUUUAAUUGUGUGCAUAGAACGAGCCACUCGCUUGGUGAAGUCGCAGCAGAGUGCAGGCAAAGAGUAUGUGGGGAUUGUCCGGCUACACAGUGCUAUUGAAGGGGGGACUCAACUUUCUAGGGCCCUAGAAACUCUGACAGGUGCCUUAUUCCAGCGACCCCCACUGAUUGCUGCAGUGAAGAGGCAGCUCCGAGUGCGGACCAUAUAUGAGAGCAAGAUGAUCGAGUAUGACCCCGAAAGAAGAUUAGGUAUCUUUUGGGUGAGUUGUGAGGCCGGCACCUAUAUUCGGACGCUAUGUGUGCACCUUGGCUUGUUACUGGGAGUUGGCGGUCAGAUGCAGGAACUUCGGAGGGUUCGCUCUGGAGUCAUGAGUGAAAAGGACCACAUGGUGACGAUGCAUGAUGUUCUUGAUGCCCAGUGGCUAUACGACAACCACAAGGAUGACAGUUACCUGCGGCGAGUUGUUUACCCUUUGGAAAAGCUGUUGACUUCUCAUAAAAGGCUGGUUAUGAAAGACAGUGCAGUGAAUGCAAUCUGCUAUGGGGCAAAAAUCAUGCUUCCAGGUGUUCUCCGAUACGAGGAUGGCAUUGAAGUCAAUCAGGAGAUCGUGGUCAUCACCACCAAAGGGGAGGCGAUCUGCAUGGCCGUUGCAUUGAUGACCACAGCAGUGAUCUCUACCUGUGACCAUGGUAUUGUAGCCAAGAUCAAGAGAGUCAUCAUGGAGAGAGACACUUACCCUCGGAAGUGGGGUUUAGGUCCAAAGGCAAGUCAGAAGAAGCUGAUGAUCAAGCAGGGUCUUCUGGAUAAGCACGGCAAGCCCACAGACAGCACGCCUGCCACCUGGACGCGGGAGUAUGUGGACUACAGUGACUCCGCGAAGAGAGAGGUGGGGGCCAAGGGAGUAAAAGACCCACAGGAAGUUGCCGAAGUAGUAAAAACCCCGAAGCGGAAACGAGAGAGUGAAAGCGACGAGACCUCCCCACAGCUGGUCAAGAAGGAAAAGAAGAAGAAGAAGGACAAAAAGGCCAAAGCUGCUCUAGAGAGUGUGGGUGAUACAGGAGACGGGGACAGUGAUGGUACCAAGAAGAAGAAGAAGAAAAAGAAGAUCAAAGCAGAAGCAGUUUCUGAGUAGCGGACGGCACUGGAGCGCGGGGCCAGCUGGGAGGAGGAAUUAAAGCCUUACUGGGAAAACAAUUCCUUUCGUUCUUGAGGGAAUGCGCCACAGGCCCCAGGAUGGGUGGAGCAUUCCGGCACAUUUUAGCUGCUCCCCGAGAACUCGGGUGAUGUCGCCUGGUGUGCUCGCCCCAUCCUUUCCUGUUUUAAGGACGCGGGUGAAAGAAGCAGCUUUGAUGCCACCCCUUUCCGUGCUUGGGAGACUUGGGGAUCGACUCCUUCAGAUCUGGCAGCUGCUGUCGAUGGCUCCUUGAAUGUGAUAGCGCUCUCCUGCUUUGCACCAUCCCCCAACCCAUUUUUUAAAAGUUUCUAAACAUCGCUCAGUGAAAUGGUGUACAGCACGUAAAGGAAUAGACCCGAACCACAUUGUUCGCUGGAGGGAGAAGCCUUUUCCCCCAUGUCCUGUGAGGACAGCGGUCUGUUCUGGCCACACGCGGGCCAUCUCUGGCUUAGCGGUCCCGUGUGUGCUCCUCUGGAGCCUGGGGGUCCGGCUUCGCGCACCUGCCCCCGUCGGCCUGCUUGUGUUCGUGACGGAAGCAAAAGAACCGUCCGUAUUUCCUCCUCUAACUCCUUUACUUUCAAAGGAUGCAGUCACUCAUUGCUAGGAGAAGAUUGUACUUUUUACUUAUUAAAGUUUACUUGUUUUUAAGUAUUUCUGUUGGGUUUUCUAAUUGUUGGGGAUGUCAAACUAGUAGAACAAAAAAAUAUAAACUAUUUUGAUUAAAAAUCUAGGGAAGUUUGUUCUAUUUGAAA